GCAUCCAAUUACACCAAAUAUCAAUUUCCUUAGUGACUUUCCAAACAAAUCCUGGCUGAUUUUUUUAUUAUCAGACAUAAAGAAUCUAAUUGCAUCCAUGAUAAAGAUGAUUGUUGUAAUCAUUGUGGUAUCCUUUAGACAAAUAUUACCAGCUUUCUCUUUCCUAUGACCAACAAGUGACCAAUGUUCCUUUUUCCUAUUCACUUCCUAGUAGUACUACAUUAAACCACCCAAAUACGACAUCGUUUCACUUUUCUUCCUUAAACCCCCCUAACCCUUGACACAAAAAUGGAGUGAGUUUCUCUUCAAUCCAAAAAUCUCCAAAUUUACAUAAAUUAGCAAACUAUUAGCCAUGUCUUCUCAAGAAACGGGCCUUGUUUCGGCCCGAAGAGUCGAAAACGGGCUUAAUCCACAGCUGGUUUAUCAUCAAAACACCUUCCCUUGCGGGGCCCCAUCACCACCUCCCAAUCGGGUCGGUGGUGACCCGGGCCCGAAAACUACACGGGAACUUACGGGAUUCGUAGACAAGUAUGAUAAUCAUUACUUUCCGCAUCAUCAACAACAACAAGGUUCUGAGUUUCGCAGACAAAUGUUUGGUGGUAAUGGCGAUGGAUCAGAGGAUGAUGACGAUGAGGAGGAUGAUGAUGAUGAUGAUGAGGAUAACGAUGAUGAUGAGAAUGAUGUGGAGGGCAUUGUUGCUGUUGGAAAUAGUAAUAGUAACAAUAAUGAUCAAAGUGAUAAAGUUAAUAGUGAAGUAAUUGCAAGUGAGAAAACUAAAAGCAUUUCUACAUUUGGUGUGAAGGAAGGGAAUGUCGGGCAGUCAGGAAAUGAAGGCAGCGUGGACGUGAGAAAUGCAGUGACAAUUGCCAGUGUUGAUGGGGACAUGUAUUAUAAUCAGUAUUUGCAGGGACCGGAAGGAUCAAAUGCAGGGCAGAAGGAAAUGGGAUUUGAGAAUGGGUGUGAGUUUAGUGGGAGAAAGGAAGGUCAUUAUUCAAGUGAAUCGGGAGAGUCUUUGAGAACUAUUCUUUCCGAUCCAAUUACGGGAGAUCUUAUGGAUGAUGCGAUGAUAUUGCCUUGUGGGCAUUCCUUUGGUAGCGGUGGAGUGCAACAUGUAAUUAGAAUGAAAGCUUGCUAUAUCUGUUCACAAGCGGUGUCCGAAGACUCAGUGUCACCUAAUUUAUCUCUUCGAACUGCAAUUCAAGCAUUCCGUCGAGAAGAGGAGUCACAUCUCAACCGUUCUUUAAAAAGAAGAAGGGAGAGAUAUGAUCAGGAUAAAGGGACCUUUGGUGAUUCAGCAUUUUCGGAUCAUCUAAGAGGAAGAGGGGUUCAGUUUCCAUUCGCUGUGACAGACAGGGUUAUAAUAAAGGGUAACAAAAGGACACCUCAGCGUUUUGUGGGUCGUGAGGCUGUUGUUACCACUCAGUGCUUGAAUGGAUGGUAUGUUGUAAAGACAGUAGAUAAUGCUGAGAGUGUGAAGUUGCAAUAUCGCUCCCUAGCCAAGGUUCCAGAUAAUUUAUCAGUCCAGCCAAUAUCAAGUAAGACGGCAGCCAACUGGCUGUAGAGUUCCAUUCAGCAGAAUGAUCACGAUUCUCUCGUCCUAAAAUGUCCAUGACUCUCUCGUCCUAAAGUGAUCAUGACUGUCUCGCCCUAACUUACUGCACAUAGACCAUGUUUGAUACAUAUAGUCCAACUAGAACAAGCAUUGAGUUGUUUUUUCAAGCUGUAAUUUAGAUCUUGCAUCUGUUCAACGUGAUUCUCAGGCGUAGGUGUUGUAUAUUGUAGAGGUCUUGUAGCACUACAGCGUUGGGAUGAAAUCAGAGAUAUGAACUAUAGAGUCGCCAGACUUAUUCAAAAUAAAGAAUUAUAGAGUGGUUUCUACAGGACUUUGUAUCGACUCCUAUUCAGAAAUUAUGAAGAUGAAAAUAUCGUCUGCUUUA